AUGGUUGUUACAAGGUUUCUUUCAUUAACAAUAACAGAAAUUGAACCACCUUACUCCAGGUUUGGAGCGUUAGUCAAGUGCCAUAUUACAAAAACAGAAAAGAAGGGCAAUUUUGUCUUUCCACGAUCCCACCAAAGUACUUUUGAUCUGUGUAUUUUUGAAGGCUUCUGUUUUCCCUCCGGCGUUACUCUCAUUCCCUGUCAUUGUGUGAGUUUGGUCUCUACUCUCGACUCUCUGAAAGCUGUACAAGUUUUCAACUUCCCAAUUCCAACAUUCGGAGAUUCAAAAUCUGUGUUAAACAAGUUUUUCCUUAUUAUUACUGUUAAGAGCAUGGAUCAGAGUGAAUGUGAUGGAUGUAAACAAAAUGAGUUGGACUGUGAGCAUGAAAAGGUUCUUCAUGGAGUUGAGAAAACAACUGUGCUUCAUGCUUCCCCUCAAACAACUGGAAUUGUUGGAAAACAGAAUUUGGAAACUAAGUUUGCAUCUCAGACUCCAAUGAAAACCAAUCAGCCUUUGAAUACCAAAUCUAAAGAGGGAGAAGCUGAAAUUCUACGAAGACACAAGACCAUGGUAGAACUCUUCGAUGGCAUGAGUUGUUCACUAAGAUUGCUUGGUCUGCGUAAAAAGUCACCUACUUUUCAAAAUAUUCGUGCUCAGGUUGAAAUGUUGACUAGAAGGAAGUUCUCCUUUGGGCAUCUUGCACAGCUAAAAUAUUUACUUUGUGAAGCCGUGCAAAUCGAUAAAAUUCUUGUGUAUGACAAGAAAACUCUAUUUAUGAAGCCAGAUAUGAGAAUUACGUUGCUAUUUAAUGUGGUAGAGGGUCACCAUGAACUAUCUGAUUAUAUUGCUCUGCACCAACUAUUUGCUUCUAGACUUAUUAAUUACUUUACUGCACAUCCUGAGGCUUGUGACAUUCCAGAGGCUAUGUUGCCAGAUCCAUUUGAGCAAAGCAAAGAGACUGCUUCUGGGGGCAAGAUCAGUAACAUUCCAGAGGUAAUAUUUCCAAAGCCUCUUAGCCAAAUUGGUGAAACUGCUGCUCCAGAGAAAUUGCUUGCAAAUUCUUCAACAGAAGACCUACAGAUUGCCAUUGAGAAUGAACUGCUGUCAAAAUCAUCCCAUAUGCAUACAUCUUUCAUCAGGCACUUCUCUGAGAAGGUUGUUAACGACAAAGAGAAGACCCAACUAUUAGCUUCUGCAGUUCCUUUGUCAUAUGUGGCACCUUAUAAUUUGAAGAAUCAAGAUACUGAAAUUGUGAAAACUAGAGAAUUUCCUGAUCUGAGUUCCAAAUUUGAUAGUGGGACCAAUCUGGACACCAAAUAUGAGAAAUUAAAAGAGUCUCCUGGCACAAAUUCCAAAUAUACCUCCAUACAACCUAUGCAUAUUCAAGCAAGCAAUCCUCAAUUCUGUGUUAAUGGCAAUGCUUGUGCAAGCCCCCUCUGCAAGCUUGCCUCAUCUGCUGAUAAUUUAAUGGUGGAAACGCCUGCACAGUCAACUCCAAAGAGGGUAACGCCAAAUAGUGAUGAUAACCAUAAGGGCAUAGCCAGCAAAAAGCAGACAUCAUCUUGUAAGGCUGCAAAGAGGUCCUUAGACUUUUCAUUCUUUGAAGGUGAUGAGUCAGAGUACUGUGAAGUUUUACCAGAAAACGUCUCUCAGAUUCUGAAUGUUUCUUCUGCAAAACUUCAAGAGGAAGAGGAGGGACUAGGAUGUGCUGCUGAGGAACAUGAAAUGAAUCAACCAGAUUUAUUGCAUCAGCAGAAUUCUAUUUACUUGCCUGGCCUGGUUUCUUUGAUUCAUCACAUAUUCCAGUCUGUGAACUAUUGUCCAAUCACAAAGGAGGAACUUGUGCAUAAAAUUAUCAUGAACAGUUUUGAUUUUGAUGAAAGAAAGCAAGUCGAAGAGCAGAUUGAGAUUCUUGAAAAGCUGGUUCCAGAUUGGAUUUGUACGAAGCUUGCACCUACAGGAGAUGUUUUGUACAGCAUCAAGAAAUUGUCAGACUUGAACUCUGUUGAGUCUAGGGCUGUCAUCCCAUAACAACUCUUAAAGGGGUAUAAUUGAUUAUGCUUGCAGAUAUCUGAUUAGAAGAUGAUGGAUUUUAGAAACUGUUUUCCUUUGUAAUGCAAGGCUAAUGUCACAGACAUUUGUAUUUUGUAUGAUGUGUUUAUUUAACAAAAAUUUUAAAAAUUAAGAAAUUUGUUAAAAACAAUUUAAAACGUAUUAAUCAUUA